CUGGAGGCCGCCGGGCGCAGCCGCGAAAAAACCUCUGUAGGUGGCGGGGGCGGUGGGGGGUUUUGUUGUUGUUGUUCGAGAGGAGGGGGCGGCAUGUGGCUGCCGUCGCCGCUGCCUUGGCUACUGGUGGGUCUGCUGUCGGCCACCUUUCCCCCUUGGGGCGCUGCCACCGCUCCCCCGCGCCGUACGGAGGUGCCCGGCGGGGGUGCCACGAGAAGCAGCAGCAGCAGCCGCCUGGGCGACCUUUUGGUGUCACACGAGCCGGGCCAGCCCAUGACCCAGCGCGCCCUGUCCGUGCUGGUACUGGCUAGCGCUGUCCUCAUCGCCUACUUCGUGAUCCGGACCGUGAGGUUCAGAAGGCAAAACAGAAAAACCCGAAGAUAUGGAGUUUUGGAUACAAACAUAGAAAACAUGCAGCUGACCCCAUUGGAGUAAGGUGAUUAUGAUGAUGAUACAACACUGUUUGUUACCAACCGUCCCCAAAGAGAAAUACGUGCCUUUAAGUGCAAGAACUUAAUCUUAGAACCAGAGAAGGAGAUUGCUCCAUGA